AUGUCGCGACCAGACAACCUGCCGCCUUCCAUGGGCCCGUUUUCGCCCGCCCACCAGCCCGACGAGGGCUACUCUGAGGAUCCUUUGGGUCCGGGGCUGACUGAGCAGCUCUCGUCGCUGGCCUCGCUCAAAUCGCCCUUGGAGCUGCCGCAGUGGAUGGCUGCAAAUGCUUCGCAGCUGCCCGUGUCAGUCAAGUCAAAACUGGCCAUGGCUCUCUUGGACCAGCUCCCAACCUCCGCCAUCGUCGAGAUCGUCGAGCGUCUCAGCCCGAGACUCUACAUCGACUUUAUCCGACAUCUCCCCGCCGAAAUCUGCCUCAAGAUCCUGGGCUAUCUCGAUCCCGUCUCUCUCGUCAGCGUGCUGCAGACGUGCCGCGCCUGGUAUGACCUGGCCGUGGACCGCAAGCUAUGGGAGCGGCUGUACUAUCUCGAAGGCUGGAAGGCCGUGCAGGCCGAGAUCGAUGCGUGGGAGAUUCGGGUCAAUACGGGCGUGAGCAAUUCCAUCGGCCACUUGCACCGCAUGCAGACGUCAGACGACCACCCAACCAAGAUUCGAGCCAUCCUCAACCACGACGAAGACGAGGACCAAGAUUUGGAGAUGCUGGACCGCGAUAGGCUGCCCAGCAUCCAGGAGAGCAGCGCCGGGGCCAGCCUCUUUGGAUCUCCCAGCGCGCUGCAGUCUUUUAAGCAAACGCUCCCCUCCUUGGGGGAUAUGUAUCUCGACAGCUUCUCGUCCGCCAAAGGUAAGGCUGUGGACCGGAGCUAUGGAUCGUCGUCGUCGGAAAGCAGGGCCAAGCGCAAAGAGCCCGGUGGCACCCCCGAGAUUCCGCUGCCUGCAAUGGCGGCCGGCGACACCACCGCGAGCAUGAUCAAAUCGACCCUAUGGACGUGGGAUAUCAACAGCUCCCGCUAUCGCAUCAACUGGAAGUAUCUCUAUAACAUGAGGCGACGACUUGAGUCGAACUGGGAGCUGGGCAAAUUCAAGACUUUUGUACUGCCUCACCCCGACUUUCCCGAUGAAGGCCAUCAGGAGUGCGUCUACACUCUGCAGUUUGACGCAAACUAUCUUGUCAGCGGUAGCCGAGAUCGCACAAUGAGAAUUUGGAACAUACACACCCGCCGCCUGGUUCGUCCACCGCUUACAGGCCACCACGGUUCGGUCUUGUGCCUUCAGUUCGACGCAGACCCGGCCGAAGACAUCUUGGUCUCCGGUAGCAGCGACUCCAACAUCUUUAUCUGGAGGUUUUCCACUGGAGAGCUUGUACAAAAGAUUACCAACGCACACCGCGAGUCUGUUCUUAACGUGCGGUUCGAUAAACACGUUCUUGUUACAUCUUCCAAAGAUAAAACCAUCAAGAUUUUCAACCGUCGCCCCCUCAAGUACGGCGACUUGGGCUAUGGCCCUGUAGAUGCAGCCGUCAACCCGGUGGGCAUCAGUGUCAAACCCUAUGGCUACGAGCUCGAUCUAUCCCAGGAACUUCCCAUCAAGCCCGCCUUCACGGUGAUUGGCAAGCUGGAGGGGCAUGGUGCCGCCGUCAACGCCAUUCAGAUCCGGGGCCGCACCAUUGUUUCUGUCUCUGGCGAUCGCCAUAUCAAGGUGUGGAACUGGCCAGAGCAGGUUUGCACGCAGACCAUUCCGGCGCAUGAAAAGGGCAUUGCCUGCGUCGAGUUUGAUGAACGCCGGAUUGUGAGCGGUAGUAGUGACUACGAAGUCUGCAUUUUCGACGCGCUGACGGGCCUGAAAGUGGCCUCCCUUCGCGGCCAUGCCCAUCUGGUGCGAACCGUCCAGGCCGGCUUCGGCGACUUGCCCUACAGCAAGCAGGAGGACGAGGCCGAGGCCAAGAGAGUAGAUGCCGAGUACUUUAGGGCUGUAGAAGCGGGAGAGAUUGACCACGAGGGUGACCGAAGAAUCCGUCGCACUAGAAGAGUGAAUGCGGGAAGCUCCCGACCGGCUGAUCUCCAGGCUACUGGCGCCAAAGUUCCGCCUGGCGGAGGAGGCGGACGCAAGUACGGGCGAAUCGUUUCGGGCUCAUAUGACCAAAGCAUCAUCAUCUGGCGGCGGGAUAAGGAGGGCGUGUGGAAGCCCGGGCAUCAUCUUCGCCAGGAAGAAGCUGCAGAGGCGGCGCAUAGACAAGUCGCCCUGACCAACGUUCAGCGACAGAGCACUCAAUUUGCUUCGGCGGCCAUUGCCGUGUCGGCAGUGAGUCCUGGUGCGCCGCAGGGCAUGCAGUCUUCGCCUAUACUGGAUCCAAACAGCGAGAACAGCCAGUCGGCACGGCUUUACAUGGCCAUGAUUGACCAGACGGUCCCCUUUGGGGUUGCAGCGCUGAGGCAGGCACUGGCAAGCCACCCAUCCAUGCUCAUCUAUUUUGGCUACCUACAAGCCGCGAUUGAGCGAGAGCCUUCUCCCUUUGUGCGGGCACAUCUCCGACGAGCGGUGGCAGACGGCUUGAUUGCGAUACAAAACAACCAGAUGGCCAGACAGCGGCUCAUUUCUCGCGGCAACUCCCACAUACCGGGCCCUAACGCUGCCACAGAUGCAAGAGCCUUCAACUUGGCUUCUCCCUAUGCUGGCGGAUCAAUGGCGGGCCCAUCUACCGCCGCGCUUGUAGCAGGCGAUGGCAUUGGUGGCAGCAGCAACAACAACGCCGCUGGCGGCAACACUGAAUAUAGACAGCUGGCAUAUUCGCCAGCAAUGGUACCACAAGUCCCAGCCCCUACGCCGCUCCACGCACCGGUGCCUCACCCAUCUCAACUUUCUGUGACCCCCGGCCAGGGACCUCCGCCCCAACUCCCUCCAAUGGUCCAACAGCCUGAGAUUCCUGGACAAGUCCAUGGGCAGCAAGGACCGACUGAAGCCGAAAACAACGCACAACCUCCUGAGUCACGCCCACGCAUUGCGGCGGCGGAGAAUCCUCCGGCGCGCGUCUUUAAGCUUCAGUUCGAUGCCCGCAAGAUCAUAUGCUGUAGCCAGGCUCCAGUCAUUGUAGGCUGGGACUUUUGCAAUGGGGAUCCUGAGUUGGAAGAGGUGGCUCGCUUCUUCGCGGCGAUUGACUGA